UGGAGUGGCAUGGUUACGUGAAACCCACUAAAGUAUUAUUAUUAAAGUUAAAGUACUUUCGAUGAGCUAGACGGGGAAACUAGUUUGAGUGGGAGCGACUGGUCUUGACUCGCGUGUGUACUCUUUGUGCUCACCUGUAGCUAGGAUACUUAGCCCUCCUCCGCUAACCGGCAAAGGACGCCAUUGGCGGAAGAGUGAUGGGGGAUGUUCCGCUCCUCUGGAAGUCACCCGCUCCCACCAUAAACACCAUUAGAAACCAACGACGAAGAUAGCGAACGACUUUAAGGAGUUUCCACACACUCCUGUUGAGUUUUUGUGAGCGGUGGGGGGGUCACUAACAUGGACUUCGACGAGGAGUCGUCGCCCGCCUUGGCGUUCGAGAAGGACGCCUUCGAGCUGACGGUUGAGGACGUGUAUGACAUCUCCUACGUCAUAGGACGAGACUUGUUGAGGAUCAGCCGCACCGGAGAAGAAGUGUCCGACCUGCAGUUUAGGAUAGUCCGCGUUUUAGAGAUGUUCGAGACCCUGGUCAACAAGUACAAUUUGUCCCUAGAGGAGCUGAAAAUGGAGCGGGACAACCUGAAGACCGAACUGGACCGCAUCGUCACGGAAAGAGCCACCGUCCAGGGAAGGCAAACAGUGGGCCCAAACCAGCUGGUGGUGGACCUAAGUGACCCCAACAGGCCACGCUUCACCAUGCAGGAGCUAAAGGAGGUUCUGCAGGAGAGGAACCAGCUGAAAGCACAGCUCAUGGUGGCCCAGGAGGAGCUGCAGCUGUACAAGAGUGGGAUUCUGCCACCAGGGCAAGCUGCCAUGGUGGAAGUGGACCUGGAUGCACCAGCAGCACCAGAAAACGGUCCGAUGGCAAACAACCAUUCAAAAGAGGAGAAGACUGCCAUCAGUAAACUGUUUUCAUUUAAGCGGAAAUAAAGAAGACGUUGAGACGUGUGGAAGACAAACUGGAUUUGUUAGCAGGUUUCUUAUCGACUUAACACGCACUUCUAUAUUUUUGUACUUUUUUUUUUUAAUGUAAAGCUAACAAGGUAUGUCUAUAUAAUUGAGAAGCUCUCUGGACACUUCAUUAGGGACACCUACGUAUUCUAAAAGGGGACACACCUGACUGCUGGGACGUCAUGAAAAAGCCGCUUUUGCAUAAUAGCAGACCUUGUCUAAAACGAGAAUUACUGUGAUACAACUUUUGUAUCGGAUCGAAUUCAGCGUUGCAGGUCAAGCUUGCGAUGUUUGUUUUUAACUUUGUGUGUUCCAGAUGAAAACAAAAUGCUGUGCAUGUGAAUGUUUGUCUUGAUGUAACAAUGAAUAUUACCGACUGCACACGGCAGCUCAUCAUGUGUUUUUAUUCCUCAGUGUACAGCACAGUUCAUAAUUUACAUGAGCGGCCAUGUUAGACUAUAGGUCACGUUCCUAUUCAUGAUAGUGGGGGCUACAGUUUGAUAAGCAGUUAAAAAAUUUUUUACAAGUCAUUAAAAAAAUGGAAGGACAACCAAACAAAAAAAGCACCAGUUAGUAUUAGGGGUGCUCCAAUCGAUCAGCCACUGCAUAUGCCGAUACUUGCUUUUUAACGCCGAUCAGCUCUGUUCCCAUUGCAGCACCCAGCCUGUAGCGACCGUCUCCCGCCCACUUUGCCUUCACAAAGCCGAAAACAAACAUGUCGGCCGUGUGGGACAGGACAUGACUGGAUGGCCGGUCGUCGAACGGCGACACUGGAUUUGCAGACUGCCUGGGGUGCUGCUGGGGUGCUAUCAAGCUGCUCGUGCAUCCAAAGUCUCCUUAAAGAAGGCGCCUCAUACGCCAAGUUUCACCAGUGAUUUAGAAAAAGAAAGUCAAAUAUGUUUGUCUAAAUUUUAUGGUUCCCCUUUUAUAUCAUACAGCCCAGGGGUAACCGACGCGAGCCCCCACAACCACGUGAGGUGCCUGCAAGCCUGCUUUUUCAUGCUUGAAAUAAGUUAUGAAAAUAAAUGUUAGAAAAAUUAGGAGCUCUUGGCAGUUUUCAUUUACAAAAUUACACUUAAUGUGAUCGGUAUCUGCUUCGGCAGCAUAAAAACCUGAUUGGAGCAUCCCUAGUUAGUAUCCAUGCAAAGUAUUCAGUGCUUGAGCCACGGGUGAGCCAAGAUGGACGCCCUGCUGCGGUCGCCGUAGUCAUAGAGCAGCUCCUCGUCGGCCUCGAUGUCUUUGGACGCCACCAGGAUGAGGUGAGGGACGCUGUCGAUUGCGUGCAGUUUGGUCUGGCAGUUGCCCGCCUUGCUAUGGUUGAUGAGCCUCCCCAGGCGGCUCGUCUCCUCGGUGGCGUCCACGCUGCGGGCGGUCGUAAAAUGGAAUGUUAGGACAACACGACCCUGUGUGACAUGGUCCUUAAGUCGUGACCAACCAGUAUGUUUUGGAGUGGUACUGGAAGUAGUACAUGUAGCAGCCAGUUCGGGGGUCCUGAGCGUAGCGGGCCUCUCGCUGCUUGGCCUCGGCCAGCUCCAACAGGUCGCCGUGGUACUCCACCACAAAGUCGCCCUUCGUGAAGCCUCGGGACGCAAACACGCCUCGACCUUUGCCCUCGAUCACUCGCACCUGUGUAUCACAGGUAGCUGACGCGAUCAAGGACAUCGCACAACAGUUUCACACCAGCAGCUGCAUAGCCAUGCCAACAUUCUAUAAAACGCAUGCAGAGGUAGAAAAAGCCGCUGAAAGCUGACAUCAAAAGGCAGCUAAUGCCUUUUGAGUUGUGGGACUACAGCAGGGGAGUCCAAAGUGCGAGCUGCUGCGCACUCUAAAAAUAAUUUUACAAGAAAACUAAAAAAAAAUAAAAAAUAAAAAUCCAGCAAAAAUUUAAAAAUCAGCAGUAAUUUUAUGAGAUUUUAAAAUUAUGAGGAAAAAUAACGUAAUUUUUCCAUAAUAUAAAGUUGAAAUAUUAAAGAGACUUUAAUUUGUAAAAUUGUGAAAAACAAAACACAGAAGUUGUCAUUUUUAGAAAAUGUGGAUACAAUGUCAUCAAAAUAAAGUCAAAAUAUCAUGCCAAUAAUGUGGCAUUCUAACAAGGAAACAAGCUGCACAUUUACGUGAAUUAACUUGUAAUAUGAGGAAAAAUGGCAUUUUUAGUAGCAUGGAGUUGAAAUAGUCUUAAUAUGAAAAAUGAACAAAACAAAAUAAAGUUGUCAUUUUUGGAAAAUUAGGCUGCGGAAAAUGUUAUGGGAAUAAAGUCAUGAAGAAAAAUUUCCCAAAGAUGAUUUAAAAGUUGAAAUAUUUGGAGGAAAAAAAAAUAAAAUAAAAAGGCUUUUUCACCUACAGUAUAUUACAAAGCUGAGAUGCAAUUCCUUCUUCAAGUCCACUACUCACACUUAGUUCGGGAUAUUUCAGAUACAUUUCAGGAUGAACCUAAAAUGUGCUACUGUAUAAACUUUACAGGUGAACAUUUGAGCUUCUCCGAUUUUGAAUGCACAUGUCCAACACGUUCUAUACUUAACGCACAACCUCCAUGUUCUCCAACAUAGCUGUGCACAUCCCUAACUAUUUGGGAGUAGCGUAGAACUUUUUAGCAUGACUUGUUUACAAAAAUAUCAAAGUGGCCCUUGCGUUCUUUUAAUUUUUUUUUUAAUUCAUGUGACUCGAAAACUAGUCUUAAACAAAAAAAAAGACUGGUUUUUGGGGUCUUGAGAUUUAUAAAUGUAAACUCCAAGCAAAUCAGAGCUUUUCUUCCUGUCACACACACACACACACACACACACACACCAGUGAGUCAUUCUUCCAAUUUAAGAUAAUGGCAAUCAAAGUGGAAUCGAACAUGAUUUUCCAAAAAAAAUAUUUGACGUGCCGUCCGUUUACAUCUGCUGGAGAAGAGCGAGCUAUAAAAGCGACGAGCAUCUCGUGACCUCCACUUCAUAUUGUGUAGCGUGGGGAAUUCCGCCCACAGCGCAGACUCGCAGGUACAUUUUCAUGCCCGGUUCCAUCUAUUGACCCAUUCUUCAGACGAAAUGGACCUCCCAUUAUGAUUAAAUUCAUUAAAAAGUUUAAUUUGUACAUUUUGAAUUGUACCUUUUGUUUAUCGGAGGAGUUGAAUCAGAGCAACUGAUCAUAAAGAUGUUUCACCUCAACUCAAAGCCUUUAGAUACGCUGCAUUUUUAAAAUUUGUGGAUAAACAACAUUCGAAAGUAAGCGCCCUCUAUGCAGCUGUGCAGUUGUUGCCAACAGGCCCUUUAAAUAUGUACGAUAUUUAAGACGCUUUAGUUGAACAAUUUCCACAAGUUGGGUGGCUGCUGGUCACUGAGGGGCGAUGAUGGCUCCCCGCGGCCAAAUCACUUGAAUCCACCGCAAACACUACAGUGUGUAUCCAGACUCAAAUACUAGUAUGGGUUGUCAAAUGUUUGUUUUUUUUGGUUUGUAGUAGAAGUGUGUUCAACUAUGCCAAGAUGCAAUAAAAGCACUGCAAAUCAUU